UCGUUCUUACAGGGAGAGGCUGAGCCAAAAGCUCCGGAGAGACUGUAUAGAAACAGAGGGAGAAAGGGAGGGAGAGAGAGGAAUACAAACCAGGAGAUUAAGAGAGUGUGAGACAGCCGUUGAUAGAGACAGAUAGGGAAAGGUGACAGAAGCCUGAGUGAGAGAUAGACUUGUGUCCUUGUUUGCUUCGAGGGCCUGGUGAGCUUACACCGUCCUUCAGAGACACACGUUUUGGUCCAGGAUUCACUAUGGCAACCGAGACAAUGACAACCCGAGUCCAGGAGGAGAAGUCCCACCAGAUGUCCAAUGCCUUGGCCCUGACCUCGCAGAUCAAGAAGAAGACCUUCAGGUCCAGUGAUGAGGAGGCGUCCUACUCCGAGUUCUAUCCCAUCAUCCCCGGUGAUUUGAUGUCUGUCAAGGAGCUACUGAACAUUGGCAAUUUCCCACGCAGUAGGACAUGGGAGCUCUUGAUGGACACCACGGCAGCAGAUGAGCAGGUACUGAGAGGACAGAAGUGGACCCUGUUUGGGAACGAAGCUGAGAAAGUGGAGAUUGAGGUGCUCAGGGAACAGCGUUACAUGCGUCGUCGGUGCGACCGCGUGGCCCUGCGCAGACAGGCUGAGCAUAAGGCUUCCAUCCACCUGAAGUAUCUGGAGGACCUCAGAAAGAAGGCCCCGGACUUUCCUAUACCUCUGAGAGCACAUACCGUGUGGGAGGGCAUGGGGGUCACGCUGUCCUGCACCGUUCUGGGCUGUCCACCCCCACUGGUCACCUGGUACAAGAACGAGGUGCCCCUUAGAGCCGGUGGACGUCCCUGGAACUAUAGUCUGAAGCAAACGUUUGGUCUCAACUCACUAGAAAUUAGAAGGUGCUCAGCUGAGGAUGCUGGAGUGUACAAGGCGGUAGCCAAGAGUUCUCUGGGUGAAGCUACUACUGUUGCUACAUUGGUGGUCAACUCAUAUCAAGGAACCGAGGCCCGAGUCGAGCGAUCCUGGACAGCGCUGGAGCAGGAGGCUCUCUAUGAUUCUAGCUUUCCUCCGACCUGGGUCCAAGAGGAUAACAACUUGACCCUUAAGUGCUCCUUCACCUCUGCCUUGUUACCCUUUCAACAGGAUGUGGCCUGGUUCCGAGACGGAGUCCAAUUGCACCAGUCCAGUAGGGUGGACAUUCAGACUGCCCUUUGUUCCACUUCCCUCACACUGAGGGGUGUGCACAAGGAAGACGAAGGCUUGUACAGGGUGCGUCUGAGUACGAGCGACGGGACCAAGGAGCAUAGUGCUUACGUUUACGUCACAGAUGGCUCAGCAGUGGUGUCUGGUGCUCCAGGUUCCCCUCUGGCCCUGGUGGUCUCUGAUAUACAAAAGGACUAUGUGUUCCUGACAUGGGAGCCCCCCAGCGCUGACGGAGCCUAUGAAGUAGAGGGUUACUAUGUGGAGAGGUGUGACAUAACUAGUGGGCAGUGGUUGCGUUGUAAUGACACUAUUCAGAAGGCUUGUCAUUACCCAGUGAGAGGUUUGAGUGAGAAUACCAUCCACCAGUUCAGAGUGUGUGCUGUCAACCGGGCUGGAGUUGGGCGUCCCUCCAAGGCCACCAAGCCCAUCAUUACCACCGACCCGUUAGAACACACCAGGACUAUGGUUGUCAAGGUGGACAGCGGGAGAGAAAUCACCAUCACUAAAGACCAGCUGGAAAGUCAGAUGAAAGUCCCGUUCCCUCCCACUGGUGUCCAUGUCUGUCAGCUGAAUGACAGUUACGCUGUGCUGAGCUGGACCGAGCCAGAGCCCAGAGGCAAAGAACAACUUACCUUCUAUGUGGAGCAGUCCACUGCAGGGAAGGACAGUUGGCAUCUGGCGAACAUGGACAUGGAGGUGGCCUCUCCCAGGUUCCCCGUCUUUGACCUACAGAAGGGGAAAUCCUACUGCUUCAGGGUGCGCUCCGUCAACAAGUUUGGUGUCAGUGACCCCUCAGAGCCAAGCGCACCCGUCUCACUGGGACCACCUCAAGUUGCUCCCCCUCCAGCCACAUCCGUCCAAGCCAUCCGGGACACAGACUCUGCUGUCCUGUUACAAUGGGAGGGGCCUGAGAAGAAGGAGGGCAUUCUGGGAUACUACCUCUACUACAGUGAGGUUGGGAAGAAAGACUGGAGGACAGUCAACAACAAGCCUACCCCCAACACAAAGUUUACGGUCCAUGGUCUGAAGACUAAGAAGGAGUAUGUGUUCAGAGUCAAGUCUGUGGGGAGAGCAGGGAAAAGUAUCUACUCCAAUGAGUCUCCUCCUGUCUUUGUUAAAGCUGCCCUCACUGUCCCAUCCCCUCCAUCUGCCAUCGCCCUGCUGCUCUGUACCAGCUCUGAGAUGAUCCUUACCUGGAGAGCUCCUAUUAGCAAUGGGGGAGACCCUAUAAAAGGCUACUACCUGGACCAUAUGGACAAAGAGCUGGAGGCCUGGAGAAAGGUCAACACCAAGCCUGUCGAUAAAAGGCAAUAUAAGGUCUGUAAUCUCAGUAAGGGGCAUUACUACCAGUUCCGUGUUUUUGCGGCCAACAUUGUCGGGGUGGGUAAACCGUCUGAGGCCAGCCAGGCUUUCCUGUGUGAGGAGUGGACCAUGCCUGAGCCAGGCUGCCCAUACGACCUAGAAAUAAGAGAGGUAAGAAACAACUCUCUAGUCCUAUUGUGGGCGAGGCCACUCUAUGAAGGCAAGCAUGGACCAAUCACAGGCUACCUGGUGGAGCUGAGCGAGGGUGACCAAUCACAGAGCUGGACUGCUGUCAAUAAGGAGCCAGUCACAGACACCAUUUUUAAGGUGUCAGAUCUCCAGGUAGGUCAGACCUAUCGCCUUAGAGUGUGUGCUAUCAAUAAGUUUGGAAUAGGCCUUCCCUCACUUCCUUCUGAGCCUAUCACAGCCCAGACCCCAGCAGGAAACAGAGGCGUAGAGAUCGGUGUGGACAAGGAUGGCUUUAUCUUCCUGGCGUUUGAAGCCACUGAGACAGUGGAGAAUGAUGACAUUGUGUGGAGAAAGAACUACAGAGAGACAAUUGAUGCUGGUCGAGCCAGGUUACUGUGUGAGGACAAUAGGUCUAUUCUGACUUUCACAAACGCUACUGAAGAGGACCUGGGCCUGUACACGGUAGAGAUGUCUGACAAGCCACACAUCUCUUCCAGCUUCCAUUUCACAGCUGAAGACCUGGAGAGUUUGAACAAGCUCAGCUGGCAAAUCUGCCACCCAUUGAUAACCCUGCGCUCCAAGUGGCAGGCGGAGGUGUCUGAAAAAGGCAACGUCCGUCUUUGGAUGCAGACUGAGAGCCUGAGCGAUGCCGCAGAGCUCCGCCUCAUUCUCAAUGACCGCGAGAUCUCCAGUACCACAGCCCGUAAGAUUAACUUUGAUAAGACCAGUGGGUUGAUAGAGAUCCUGUUUGAACAUCUGUCUAAAGAGGACGAGGGCUCCUACACGGCCCAGCUCCGAGAUGGACGCGCCAAAAACCAGUUCACCCUGGUCUUCGUGGACGAGAAGUUCCGUGAGACACUUGCUAAGUCCGAAGCCAAAAGACUAGACUGCAGAAGAAAAUUAGGACCCUAUUUCCUGGAGUAUUUGUCAUGGAUAGUGACAGAGGACUGUGCAUUUAUCAUCAAAUGCAAGGUGACUAAUGUCAACAAGGACACAACUCUGAAGUGGUUCAAAGAUGGUGUGGAGACUCCAGCUGUGUAUGACCAACAGACUGGAAUCAGCACCAUGACUGUGCUACAGGUGACUAAGAAGGAGGCAGGUCACUACAAAGCUGUAGUGUCUGAUAGGAGAGGAGAGGAUGUGAGCACACUGGAGUUACAGGGUGAAGAGUACGACAAGUUACUCCUACACCUAAGUAAGCAGUGUGCAUUGUCUGCAGGCCCACUGAGGAUCCAGAGCACUUCGGAAGGUUUCAAGCUCUUCUGCUGUCUCAAGUAUUACAUUAGUUACAUGAAGACCUGUUGGUACUUUAAGGAGAGCAGGAUUGACCAGCUGGAAAGAUGCAAGCAGGGUUCAAGUAUGCAGAAGCUUUGGGUGGAUAUCUUCGGACCCACAGAGAAAGAUAAGGGGAAGUACACGUUGGAGAUGUUUGAUGGCCAGGAGAAGCACACACGUUCUAUAGACCUGUCUGGACAAGUCUUUGCUGACACUCUUCUGGAGUACCAGAGGUUGAAGCAAGUUGCAAUCGCUGACAAAAAUCGAGCCAGGGUGACCAAGGGCCUGCCGGAUGUGGUGGCUAUUAUGGAGAACAAGUCUCUGUGCCUCACCUGCUACACCGACGGAGACCCUGCUCCAGAGAUGACCUGGCUGAGGAACGACAAAAGCAUUGUCUCAGGGAGCCAGUUCAACAUCGUCAACGAGAACAAGAGCAGCACUCUGACCCUCACCAACGUGACCAGCGAAGACUCGGGCAACUACAGCGUCUUGGUGCGCAACAAGUACGGCACGGACACUGCGUGCGUGACCGUGGGUGUGUACAAACACGGCGAGAAGCCCCCUGCCCACGCGGUGGAGAUGUAGGGAAGAAAGGAGGCAUAGGUGGUUGAACGUCGUGUUAGUGUGUCGGUUGUACCAGUUGCUUUUUAAAAAUGUCAGAGAGUUGAUGGGCAGAAUAAUGCUAAACGUUGUUGCUUUGUGUUGCGUCAGGAUGUGGAUAGGUUACUUGUACAAGGAUAACUUCCGUCACAUCAAAUCCCCCACAACUUUUCUUGUAGCGCAGGACUGCUGAUACCUGUCUUAAGACAGUAGCUGCAGUGUUAUACUUCUAAAUAAUCCUGGCUAGUUAACAACGGGACAUCUGAGCAGCGACUGGAGGUGUCAUUCAUGAGGCCACGGCAGUACAUCACAACUGAGACUUCAUCCACAGCUCCAGUUAUCUCCUAUGUUGUAUUUCAUAGCAAAGUCAUGUUAGUCAUCCACAUGAAGCAAAUUACACCGAGAGCAUGACACGUCAAGUGUCUUUCUCGAUAUUAACCUAAUUUAUGCAAUGGGCCCAUGACACUUUUCAUUUAGUCUGCACUGGGAGCUUAACUAGGCAUAUUGGUCUGCAAGCUUGCUACAGAUGUCUAAUAAUG